AAAAAAUUGAUCAUUAAAAUAUUCAUCUGCGUAAACUUCGCGUAGAAAUUGGCUGCACCAUAGGAAACUGUGUGUAUCGGCUCUGCUUGUUGUGCAAACAUGUUAUCCAUUAUGAAGGACCGAUAAGGUUUUAUUUGUUCACUUACGUGCCCCCAUGUCUAAUUUUAUCAUGUAAAGUCAUUCCGUAGAUCAAUCAUGAAACGGUUAUUGCCCAACUGGACGUUAUGACGGUCCCUGAUAUAAAUUCAAAAACUGAAAAGAUAAAAAAAAACGUUAGACCGUCCGUUUGAUUAAAAGCAUAUUAUCAUUAUCCUAAAGUGGCACUUAUACUUUCGCUCUCCACAAGACGCAAUAUGUCUCUCUCUGAGCAAGCUACGUUCACUGAAAUCAACAGUCUUGUGUUUUUCGAUCUGGAAACCACGGGAUUUAAAGAGCCGCAGAUCACAGAGUUGAGUUUUUUUAGUGUCGAGAAAUCGCAGUUUUUAAAUAGUCAAAAGGGGAAAAUUCCACGGGUCACUAAUCGUUUAAAUAUGUGCAUUAAUCCUUCAAAAAAAAUUUAACCUGAGGCUGCAGAGAUAACGCAACUGGAUAACCGCGAUCUAGAGCAUCAGAGUAAGUUUGAUGGCGACGUCUGUGAUAUCAUCUCCAGCUUCUUGAACAGACUGAGAAAACCUGUUUGCGUCGUGGCCCAUAACGGAAUGAAAUUCGAUUUCCCUAUUCUCAAGGCAGAAUUCGCUCGAAUGAAACAGGCACUUCCUGCUGACAUUUUGUGCGCAGAUUCUCUUCCCGUUUUCCAAGAAUUAGAACAAAUGGAUGUGAACGAGGGAAAGAAAAUCCGGUUAUCCUAUAAAUUAGACGUCAUCUAUAAAAGCGUUUACGGGCGGAUGCCUGAAGAAUCCCACGAGGCGGAGGCCGAUGUGAAAACCCUGCUGUUGUUGGCCAUUUUUUCUCCGCAGGAAUUUUUCGACGCCGUCCAAAGCAAAGCAGUACCUCUAUAAGUUGGUGAAAAUUUCGUCGAAUGCCUAUAUUCUUAAUUUAAGAAAAUGAUGUUGCAAUUCUACCAAACUGAAAUAAGAGUUAGCGUCGAA